GCAUUUCUAUACUCUGUACCGUAUCAUAACUGAAAUAGUGAAUCAGAAUUCUACUUCUAAAUACCCACUGUAAUUGCUGUGAUAUGUGUGAGUCUAAAUUUCUUAUGAAAAUGAAACUUAUUUUCAGUGGAAAUUGGAGUUUUUUAUUCAAAAUCAGUGCUCCCAGAAACAAGUCUUUGCAGCUCACUUCUUAAAAUUCUUAUAACUAGGGAAAAAUUGCUUCUUUUUACAACAUGCGAGCACUUUUUAGUAGGUUUUGGUAGUGAGUUGGUGGUAUGAGAUUUCCUGACAGAAUUCUGAAAUAAUAGAUUCUAAUGUCAGCAAAAACUGAUUUGAAAGAAAGUAUUGAUUCCAUGUUGCAUUUUAUAUCUGAAGCAGCCAAUGGCAAAUGUUGUCAAAAUGGAAUCAGAUGUUUGUAACUUAAUACUGAAGAAAAAUGAUGAGUGCAUGUUUUUGACUCUUAAGUAUUCUCUAUGCUGCCUGGCUUAAGACAUAAACUGAUGUAAAAAUAAAUGACUUCCUGCAUAAUUUAUGUAAUGUCUUUCUCCCUGAUCCUGUUUGUAUUGAUUUUUCUAAAAGGCUUUUGUGGCCACAGGAACCAAUCUGUCUCUCCAGUUUUUUCCGGCCAGUUGGCAGGGGGAGCAGCGACAGACACCGACCCGGGAAUAUGUCGACUUUGAAAGAGAGGCAGGCAAGGUGUACUUAAAGGCACCCAUGAUUCUGAAUGGUGUCUGUGUUAUUUGGAAAGGCUGGAUAGAUCUGCAGAGACUGGAUGGUAUGGGCUGCCUGGAAUUUGAUGAAGAGAGAGCACAGCAGGAGGAUGCAUUGGCACAGCAAGCCUUUGAAGAAGCACGGAGAAGAACUCGUGAAUUUGAGGACAGAGAUAGGUCUCAUCGGGAGGAAAUGGAGGCAAGAAGACAGCAAGACCCUAGUCCUGGAUCUAACCUAGGAAGCGGUGAUGACCUCAAACUGCGCUAAUCAGCAGCAGCAGCAGACAUGCCAUGAGUCUGCACAUAUGCAUUGCUUAUACUUUGCAAAAGAUGAAAUAGAAGACCAGAAACUGUGAUAACUGGGUUACUAUGGUCUAUUUCCUGACCUGCGGCAGUCACAACCAGCAUGAACUGCCAUGGUUUGCACUAUGUUACAAUAUCUGCAUUUCUUAUUGUAAGCAUGUAGCCAGUGGCAAUUUGAGAUUGUUUUUUCUAUGCAAGCUUAUUUUUGUUGGCGCUAUUUUUAGUGAAAUGGAAACUUAAGCAGCUAUAAACCAUUUUUUUCAACUGUAAUAAAAAACUGUCACUUAAAAAUAGGUUAAGACUUUGCAAAUUACAAUUUUUUUUGUCUUUGGUAAAUUGCUGGAAGCCAAGGCUUUCCAAGAUUAAUUUUUUUAUGUGGGCUUUUGGAAGUUUUGGUUGUUGUCAUUGUGCUCCUGCUCUAUUUUAGAUAUGCAUUUUUGUCUUUUACAAUUUUCUUUAUUUUCUAAAUUUGCAAGACUUUUUUAGAUUAACCUUUUUGCAUUAUUUACAAGCUGACCCCAGAGUUGUAACAGAGUUGUCAAUCAAUUUUCUAGCAUGAAUGUUCACUAUUAAAGUUGCAAUAUCCUUUUAA